GCUAGCCUUGAGUAUAACAACAUCAUCAACUACAGAGUUUCUUGAGCAAGGAAAUUUGGUUAUAAAAUGACUAACCAGUUUCAUUUAAUUAGUAGAGUGUAAAAUGAAGAAUAUGUUGAAUAUCAUAACUAUAAUCAUUUGUUUAUGGCUCAGUUGGGGUCGUGCUGAUGGAGCUCAAAAGAGAGAAAGUGGAGAGCUUUCUUUUCACAGAAUUCAAGCAAGCUCUCUUUUUCCUUCAUUACCAGCACCAUGUGUUCUUCCUCCAAGAGUAUCUAAUACGAAGUCGUCGCUUCACGUGGUGAACAGACACGGCCCAUGCUCGAGUCUAAGCAGCAAGAAAGCCACGAUCAGUCCCGACCAUGACGAGAUCCUCAGACUCGACCAGGCGCGCGUAAAAUCCAUUCACUCAAAGCUUUCAAAGAAGCUAACAGCCAGAGAUAGACUCAGUCAAAGCCAGUCAACAGUUCUACCGGCUACAGAUGGAAUCACACUCGGUUAUGGAAACUACAUCGUGACGGUCGGAAUCGGGACGCCGAAACACGAUCUCUCUCUGGUCUUCGACACAGGCAGCGAUCUGACGUGGACUCAAUGCGAGCCAUGUGGUAGAAAUGGAACAUGUUAUCCCCAAAAGGAGCCCAUCUUUAACCCAUCUUCCUCUUCUUCCUUCUCCAACGUCUCGUGCUCAUCGCCGUUCUGCGACUCUCUCGCUUCCCAAGGUCGCGUUAAAAAUUGUUUGGCUCCCAACUGCGACUACGGUGUCGGAUACGGCGAUAGAUCGUUCACCAUAGGAUUUCUCGCCACCGAGAAAUUUACUUUAGCGAACUCUGAUGUCUUCGACAAUGUUAUCUUUGGCUGCGGUGUGAACAACAAAGGAUUCAUUGGUAUCGCCGGACUUCUCGGUCUUGGCCGCGGCAAAGUCUCGUUUCCAUCGCAGACGGCGAUGACGUACAACAAUAUAUUCUCCUACUGCCUCCCUUCUUCCCCAGAGUACACUGGCCAUCUCACCUUCGGAUCAGCUGGAUUAUCUAACUCCGUCAAAUACACUCCCAUCUCCGCAGUCCCAUAUAGCGCAUCCUUUUAUGGCCUUGAUAUCGUAGGUAUCUCCGUCGACGACAAGCAACUGGAGAUCCCCUCCACUACCGGUGCUGUAAUCGACUCUGGUACCGUGAUUACUCGCCUACCACCCAUGGCCUACGCGGCACUGCGAACCGCGUUCAAGGAGAAGAUGUCGAAUUAUAAGACUACGUUGGGACGAUCGAUUCUUGACACGUGCUACGAUUUCACCGGCCAAGAGACUAUGAACAUACCUAAAGUCUCCUUCUCCUUCAAAGGCGGCACCGUCGUGGAACUUGACUCAAUAGGGGUUUUGUACGUGUUUAAUAAGUCCACGGUUUGUUUGGCGUUUGCGGGGAAUAAUAACGAUGAUGACGUGACCAUUUUCGGGAACGUUCAGCAAAAGACAAUGCAAGUUGUGUACGACGGUCCCGGCGGUCGGGUCGGGUUUGCUCCCAAUGGUUGUAUGUAGUUGAUGUGAAACAAUAUAAAAUUGGUAUGUUUGUAUUUUUAAGUAAGUAUUAUCUUUCAUCAAGUGUUUGUAAGCUUGAGUGGCCGUCUGUGAAAGUGUCAAGGACCACUCAAGUAUGUGUACGAUCAAUAUUGAUCGUAUUAAGUAUCCUAAAGUGUGAACUAAGAAAGAAACGGAUUGUUUUGUCAAGCAAACUUGUCAGGUACAUGCUCUCAAUAAACGUAUAUAACAUUUCGAAAUUGUAAUAGAUC